ACUUGGGCACCGUUUUCAUGGUCGACGAUAAAUAUAAGCAGAGAUACUUUGCAGUCGCGCAGUUUGCAUACUUUUUCGCAGAAACAGCUUCUGAAUUUCUCGUUGACAUCGUAUUUUAAAGCGAUUUUAAAAGAUUGUAAUCGUUUGGAAAGAUGAAAGGAUAUCUCGCGAUUCUUGUCCACGUUCUUUCCGCAAACAUACUCGUCCGAGCAAGCAAUCUAAUACAACUCACAAAAAUGUUAAACAUUAAUAUAAAGGAUAUACGGCAAUGUUUGCACCAGAGCAAUCUAAGUGACAUGGAUUUGAUAAAAUUGGACGUCAUUUUCCAAGAGGAAAAUAUAUCGCACGAAAGCCUCGAAGAUGUCAUGUUGGACUUCGGUUGUUUCGUUAUAUGCGUUCUGGACAAAGCUGACAUGGUGGAAGACAAGAAUAUUCGGUUUGAAUAUUUAAUAGAAACGGCGGAACGCAACAAUUUCCCCAUAGCCACGAAUCAUACAUUGAACGAAUGUUGCGAAAGGGAUUAGAAAUCGUAUAUGGCGUACACUAACGUUCACAAGUAUUUUGAUGCCUUUGCAAUAUUACAGAUACG